GACAGACGCACGGAGUGCAUAGAGACGCAGAGUACAGAGAGAGUGAGUGAAUAAACAACACAGCAGACAAUGAGUGAGUGAGAGACAGAGAGAGAGUGUGUGCGUGUAACCUGAGAGACUCUGAAGAAAAGGGUUUCAGAAAGUGCGUACGGACGCUUCUACGAUGAAGAUUAUUGUUUAGAAAAAGAAAACAAAAUAAAUAUUCACAUUGAAACCCGUGUAAAGACAAACAACAAAAAUCAUGCUGCUUUAUCAUAUUUUUUAACUCAUGUUUGUGGUUUUAUCUAUUUGGGUUUGUUUUAAACCUUGUUUAGGAUAAUAAUCUACCCAGAAUCACCGAGACUGCCAAUCGUGUACAGUUCUGCUACUAGCAAGAUGAUUCCAUCUGGAUCGCCGACACCGAUUGGUGGUGCCCAGUCUAUUUCACCUGUGUUCCUUCGAUCGAACUCUGCCAUUUUAGGAUCUCAAGGGGGUUUGUUGCCUCCACAACCAGCAUUUUCUUCAGUUGGACCUCCACGUGCACAGUCUAACUUGGAUUUUCUUGGACAUACAUCCAACAUUUCAUCUCUGCUCAAUCAAACAUUUGGCAGUGGGGGAUUGAACACCAGCACCUCUGGUUUGGGGGGUUUUCAACAAGGAAGUGUUGGUACCACUCCCGGGUCUGAUCCUCGUUCGGCAGCAGCAAAUGACUGUGGUUUCACUCCUUCUCCUUCAUAUUUUGCCCCAUCAAACAUAACAAAUUCUGGUUCAUCUGAUCAAGUUCAAAAUUCUCAACUACCAGCCUCUUCUGGAAACUCAAUGCUGCAGUCAUCUGUUUCUCACAGCCAACUGCAGCAACAUCAACUGCGGCAGCAACAGCAGCAAUUCCAGUAUAUUCAAGGUGGUUUAGGGGGUGUGCGCGCUGUCAAGUUGGAGGCGCAGAUGUUGAAUGAUCAGAUUGCCCCUCAGAAGCAGCUGCAGUCUCUGCAUAAUCUUGGUCCAGUGAAGCUAGAGCCUCAACAGAACCAGAUAGGAAGACGCAUACGACCAGUCAAAUUAGAAGAUCAACAUUCUGAUCAAGCAAUGCUUUUGCAGCAGCAACAGCAACAGCUGCAUUUUCUUCAAAUGUCUGGGCAGUCUUCUCAAGCUGCCACUACAAAGAUGAAGUUUUUGCAACCGCAGCGAAUUCUACAGCGGCAACAACAAGAGGAUCAAGAGCUAUUCAAGACUCUUCCUCAGCAACGGUGCCAUCCACAGCAACAGCAGAAUUUUCCCAUUAGAUCUGCCAUGAGACCAGUCUAUGAACCAGGAAUGUGUGCUCGUCGUUUGACACAAUACAUGUAUCAGCAGCAGCACCGACCAGAAGAUAACAAUAUUGAAUUUUGGCGAGAAUUUGUUGCUGAAUUUUUCACUCCAAAUGCCAAGAAGAAGUGGUGUGUUUCAUUGUAUGGAAAUAGCCACCAAACAAAUGGCGUUUUCCCUCAGAAUUUGCUGGAUUUAUGGCACUGUGAAAUAUGCAAUUGCAAGCCUGGUCGUGGUUUUGAAACAAGUGUUGAGGUUCUGCCCAGGCUAUUCAAAAUCAAGUAUGAUAGUGGUACUUUACAAGAGCUUCUUUAUGUUGAUAUGCCCCAUGAAUACGAGAAUACAUCUGGUCAAAUUGUCCUGGACUAUUCAAAAGCAAUACAAGAAAGUGUUUUUGAGCAGCUUCAUGUUGUACGAGAUGGUCAUCUUCGUCUUACCUUUUCUUCAGAUCUGAAGAUUUGCUCUUGGGAGUUUUGUGCACGGCGUCAUGAGGAGCUUAUCCCUCGAAGGAUAAUAAUACCCCAGCUUAGUCAGGUUGGAGCUGCUGCGCAAAAAUAUCAGGUAUCUGCUCAAAAGGCAUCAACCAGCUCAUCUUCACUAGAUUUACGAAGGAAUUGUAAUAUGUUUGUUGCAUCUGCUUGUCAAUUAGCAAAAACCUUGGAGGCGCCUUUAGUUAAUGAUUUAGGGUAUACAAAGAGAUAUGUUCGAUGCCUUCAGAUAGCUGAGGUGGUUCAUAUUAUGAAGGAUCUGAUUGAUUACAGCCAAGAGACAGGCAAGGGACCCAUGGAAAGUUUAGCAAACUUCCCUUGUGGGAUUAGCUCGCGUAAUUCAGCUCAAACAACUGGGGAGUGGCUGCUGAUGCAGCAGCAAAUUACAGGACAGAACUUAAUAAAUGAUCGUUCAUUACCGGGAACUUUCAUGCAGCCUUCUGCAAGCGAUUGUGUUACAAGUGUAAACAAUUCCCUGUCCACAACGUCCACAUUGACAUCUGCUACCACCAUUGUUGGACUUCUCUGUGAGAAUUCCAUGAACUCUGGGCAUGAAAGUCAAAUGAACAAUCCAAGCAGUCCCUAUUCUGGGACCCAUGUUCAGAUUCCAUCUGCAGGGUCCUCAACCACGCUGCCUCCAGCUCAAUUCAAUCCCUCUUCUCCCUUCUUAUCUCCAACUCCAUCCUCCUCCAGCAACCCCCCUCAGACUCCUCAAAAUGCCUUAACAUCUUCAGUGAAUUCACCAGCACGAAUCGCACUACAGCAUACAGCUCAGUCAAAGGAGGCCAACCAUGAAUCCCAAAGAUCUGUUGAGAAAAUCAUACAAGAAAUAAUGCAUUCGUCACAAUAUAGCAGAGAGGGUGGUAGCAUGGCCUCUGCUGGAUCCUUGCGGAGUUAUAUGAACAAUGUGAUUGGGCUUAGCAGUUCACUCGCCAGUACCAACUCCCCUGUGGGGAAUGGAGGUGUCAAUAACAAUGCAGGUGUUCCUGGUGAAGGAUUUGGUAACUUUGGUGUUGGGGUUGGUCUCUCUACCGCUGCUACUGGAAUAAGAGUUUCCAUGGGGAAUAACUCUGGCACUUUGACUGGAAGGGUAGGUGUGCCAUUGAUGCCUUCGGAUAAUAGCUUGAACCUUCUUCAGCAACCGGAGUUGGCUAACAGGUUGCAUAAUGGGCUUGGAGCAAUAAAUGGCUUCAAUGAUGUCCAAUUUAAUUGGAAAUACCCCUAGAGAGGCUUGUUAGAUUGCUCAUUGUGAAAAUGGGACUUGUUUCUAUGGUAAUACAAGGUGCUUGAGCCAUGUGUGUCUGAGAUUGCUCUAUACCAUUUGGAGGUCUCAUGCAAUGGUACAAGGGAUUCUCCCAUCCAGUACUAAAUACACAUAAAAUCUACAAGGGAAAUGGGUCUCUUGUUGCAGCAGUUGCGGUGACCUGGCUGUCUGCUAGUCAACUUGGAGAAAGUAAAAGCCUGACCUUUCUUGCACUCUAAUUUAUGGUACAAAAAGGUGACUCCUAUAUGCUUUUUACCACCUUCAAAUUUGCUCCAUUGUGAUUUUGGAAAGGGAUAGUUAGAAUUGUAUAUGAGCCCCUCCUGUUUUGUUGAUGAAAGAUCAAAGAAGAUCAGAUCUUGAUAUCUGGUUCUCAAUUUUUUUGAUCUCAUCUUCUACAGUUGGUUUUAAUGGAUUUUUGUUCCCACUUCAAGUUA